CUCGUCGGCGGUGGGUCCCACCCUCAGUACCCCCCGAACAAGGUCAUGAUCUGGGACGAUCACCAGGGGAGGUGCAUCGGCGAGCUCUCGUUCCGCGCUCCCGUGCGAGGCGUCCGGCUCCGCCGAGACAGGAUAGUGGUGGUGGUGGAACAGAAGAUAUUUGUGUACAACUUCGCGGACCUGAAGCUGCUGCAUCAGAUCGAGACCGUCGCGAACCCUAAGGGUCUCUGCGCGAUUUCUCAUUCGUCGGAUUAUCUGGUGCUGGCGUGCCCGGGGCUGAUGAAGGGCCAGAUUCGCGUGGAGCACUACGCGCAGAAGAAGACUAAGUUCAUUUCGGCGCAUGACUCGAGGAUUGCUUGCUUCGAUCUCACGCUUGAUGGGCAGUUAAUCGCCACUGCCAGCUGCAAGGGAACUCUGAUUCGGAUUUUUGACACAGAUAGUGGCACGCUCCUUCAGGAAGUAAGAAGGGGUGCAAAUGUGGCUGAGAUCUUUAGUUUGGCAUUCUCUUCCACUGCUCAGUGGCUAGCAGUCUCAAGUGACAAGGGUACUGUCCACGUUUUCAGCCUUAAGGUUAAUUCCAAUGUCCUUGAUGAUGAAAAUUCACAUCGUUCUUCCAGUUCAGAUGCUGCUAUUACCCCAUCUAGCCCAUCUAGUUCAUCUCGGUCAUUCAUUAAAUUUAAAGGAGUUUUGCCUAAGUAUUUCAGUUCAGAGUGGUCAGUUGCCAAGUUUCACUUAAAUGAGGGCUCUCAUUACACUGUUGCAUUUGGUCUCCAAAAGAAUACAGUGGUAAUUCUUGGUAUGGAUGGAAGCUUCUAUCGAUGUCAGUUUGAUCCAGGGCAUGGUGGAGAGAUGACCCAGCUUGAAUACCAUAACUUUUUAAAGCCUGAACCAGAAAUAGCCUCGUGAGACCCUGUAGAGUUUGGUGUUUCAAGCCUUUUCGUUAGGGUUGCACCGUUGCAGUAAUAUGCACCUUGCGGAUUAAUAGUAAUAGUAUAGCUGACUGAAGUAACACUGAGCCCGUUAAUCCGUUAUAAAUAGUAAUACACGGUCUAUCUUGUUACUUCCAUCUCUGAUAUUGUAAUUAUAAUAUUCUAUGUAUAUAUAUAGUUUAUUAAUUUUUUAAUAAUAUAUGUUGACUGCUGUGGUAAAGCCAAAUUUUUUUACCCUUAAAGCUUUGUUAGGAAGAUUUUGAUACGCAAACACAGUUCAUAUCUGCAAAAUCAAAGUUGAAAGCAGAAAUCAGGUUUAAGGCUGAAGUUGUAUCGCAAUCAGAAUGGAAACAGUAAUAUGCUUUUGCUCUUGUCUUUACUCCGUACUAUCAUACCUACUUUGGUAAUAAAUUUUCUUCAUCCU